GGAAGUUCUUCAGGUCAAUACCACGACCGAAGUUAUGACCGUUUGACCUACAAGCCCAAGGCUACUUCCAUUGACCUUGGUUCACUUGAGGUCAGAUUCGGUAUUUUAUUUGUUGCUACUAUUCUUCUUGUGAUGCGUUGAUAGAUAGAAAAAAAUUUUCUAGGAAGGAAUUUUGAUCCUCCAUUGUGUUUUUUGUUUAGAUGAGCUACCACUUGCAUCAUUUAGGCACAUGAAGCAAGUACCCAUUACUCAAGAUUCAUCAGAUGAGUUCGAAAUAAAUAGUGUCAAACCUUCAAACUCAUUCGAUAAAACUAUUCAAGCCACUUCAGCUGAUUGCUCAAAGAUUUCGUUUUCUUUGCCUUCUGCGAGCAAAUGUGUUCCAGGACCUAGUCCUCCCAUACAUAAACUCCCGUUUGAUGUGAUUCUAGAGAUUUUCAAGCUUCUUCCAGCCUCCGACUUACUGCACAAUGUUCCAGCUGUCUGUCAGUUGUGGUAUAAUGUGUCUUUAACUCCUAUUCUUCGCACCCGUCUUGUAUUACGACGUCAGAUACCAGCCGAAUUGAUUGUCAAGGCUAUUUCCAGUCGGCCGAUGCUUCGAGUUCUACGAUGUCUGGCACUUAAACAUGCUGAGUCUGUACUUCCGGAUGCUAUUAAGCUUUGUCCUUUACUUACAUGUCUUAAUAUAGGGUUUAGCACCUUGAGCGAGCGAGCAACAACUAUCCUCGUGAAUAAUCUUCCGCCAACAUUACUGCAUCUCAACGUUGAAGGUGUAAAUACUAUAGAGAUUGAUUUCAUUACUACUUUAGUACUUAGGUGUCCAAAGUUAGAAGCGCUCAAUCUGUCACAUUGUGUUUCAGUGUGUGAUACAUGUGUAAAAGUAAUUUCAAGUGGACUACACAAUCUACGCCGUCUUAACUUGGAUGGUGUUCUUUGGAUUACAGACACCGGUGUUUUACAUCUGGCCGACAGCGAAGCUGUGCGUAAUGGUAACCUUGAUGCGAUAUGGUUGGAUGGUUUUGAACUUUCAAAUUCCGGAUUAAAUGAAUUCAUUAUUCGAUUGGAAUGUGCUACGAAACGGAUAUUAGACGUUGAAAAUCUUGUAAAUCCAGAAAUUGAACACAAUAUAAUUGGAAUUCAACAACUGUGGAUUAGCUUUUGUGAUCAUGUUGAAGAUGAAGCAAUUAAAUCCAUAGCUAACCUUUCAAAUCUUGUCGCUCUUACAUUGCGGAAAACUCACCAAGUCAGUCCUACCGGUUUAAGCUCAUUAUUUGUCUCCAAAAGUCUAAGUCAUUUGGACCAUCAAUUAAAGUUGAGGUAUCUUGAACACUUAGAUUUAAGUGAAGCUCCUGGUUUGAAUGAUUCAGUAGUGAUGGAUAUUUGUAGUUGUUGUGGUAGUCGCCUACGCUUUCUUACCUUAAACUGGUGUUGGGAAGUUACUGAUAUUGGUGUGAACCAAAUAAUUGAAAUAUGCAGUUCUUUACGUCAGCUAAGCCUUAUUGGGAAUUCUGUUAUUCAAGGAAAAGCAUUUGCUGAUAUCCCGUUAAAGGUACCUCAUUUAGUGAUAUUAAAUUUGACUCAAUGUAAUCACGUUGUUGAUAAUAUACUUGAAGAUCUUUCACUUAAAAUGCCAAAUUUAUAUGUGUUUGACUUCUUUGGUGAACGUGUCGGUGGAGGACUGAAUGAUAUUUGCCACUUUGAUAUAUCUAGAGCAUUAGGCAAGGUGCCAAUUUGUACAGAUUAACUAUUUGUGUCCAAAAUCAAUUGAAUUACUUCAGCUAUGUAUUCAACACUUUAAUAGUUAUUAUACUGCUUAAUUAAUCUGUGAUAUUUACAUCUAAGUCCUAUCCACACUAUAUAGUCCGCUUAGUUUUCCUCUUUUUCGCUGAUUCGGUGUCAUUAUAGCAUUGUAUUUAUUGUCAAGAUAACGCUUAAUUAUUAAGCAGAUUUUGUCCAUUCUUUUAUGGAAAUCUUGUACAUUUUCUUGACAAAUUGACAAAUUACAACGCAUACAAAUCAUGAAAUUAGUUUGGUAUGGAGGAAUAUUUUUACAUGUCAUGCUGGAUAAAAAUAAGACUUCUAUUUUAUGAUUGAAAUUUAUUUGAUAUUUUUUGCGUGUUUUGAAUUUGAAGCUGUAUCACAUCCACUUUCAAUUUUUAUUCUUAUCUUAAUAUUCUAAACUGUUCCAAGUUUCUUGUUUAGUAAUUAUUGCAUAAUAUCUAUUUUUGUUAAGAAAAAACAAACAAUACACACUGAACAUGUGUUUAGCCUGUCCUUAGAGAAGGUAGUUCAAUUUUUUUGAUUAAAAGUGCAUACGAAUAGCAAAAGAUAUAAUUUCAUGUUAGUGACUAUUUUACAUGAAACGGUUGCUGAAAUGAUAGUUUCCUACCAAAGUUUAUGAAUGAAAUACAAAAUGACUAAUAUAUUAAGUCAUUUAAUGUGUGAUGGUUAAAAAUAGAAAGCUCUGAUCAAUGUCUGUACAUAUCAAAUACUGACAGGGUCUUUAAUUGUAGCACUGUUCUUGUUCGGAACAAGAGUAUUCUUGAGAUUGCAAUGUGAUGUCAUUAAUUGAACCCUCUUUCAAGUCUACCAAAUAGUAAACAGCUGUCAUAAAAGAACUCUUAAAAAAUACGGUUUCAUACAAUCAACAUGAAAAACAUUCAUUAUUAUCGUAUUAUCGUGCUACAUUUUUAAUUUUAUGUAGCUGCACGGAUAGGUUAUUACAUUUUUUUUGCUACCAGACACUAAAGCACAAUUACUGAAUUUUGGAACAUUAUACCUGAUAACCCUAGUAUUAUAACUUUGAUGUUACUAAAAGUAAAACAGUUUUAUGAUUCCCACGUUGUGCUGCCUUUUUGUUUUCUGCAGUUUCCUUCACCGUUCUUUUACAAAACAGUGAGAAACGUAGCAUUGCGGUAACCUUGUUUUAUAAAAAUCACAGAAUUCGAGUUUUCUCAAUAUCUAAAUAAGAGAUUCCAUAAUUUGAUGGAUCGUG